CACUUCGAAGACGAGUGACAACGACGAGUUGAACAUUUUAUCACUUCGAUUUUGCGUGAUUUGAAUUUCUCUUCAAUCUUUAUUAAAUAUUUAACGUUUAGUAUAAAAAGUGUCUUAAAACGAAUUGCAUAAACGGAGUCGAUAUGAAUUAAUUAAAAUUAAAACAUCUAAUUAUUAUUUUUAACACUUGUAAUACACUAACGCGUAUAUAGGUUAUUAUCAUUAUUAAGACUUACACGAAGGCGACAUGUUGAACUGUUCGACCAAAGCUAUUUGUAGUAAAACAUUUUCGCCAACUGUAAUCAGUGUACGUUACCGGAGGGUUAACGUACAAAAACCCCGAGCACCUCAUCAUUACAGGGCAACUAUUGAAGCUCUAACACUACCAAAGUAUGAUUGGCCAGACAGAAACAAACUGCCUUGGACUGAAAGGUGCCCUAAUCCGUUUUAUAAAAGUAAAACUAUAGUCGAAGACAAUCCAUACGAAAAUAUUUUGGCUAAAGAAGCACAGGACCUAUUCAAACAGAGCGCUAUGGUCGCAAUUUUCCACAGGAAUCCAGUGAAAUACGACUUGGAAUUUAAAGCGUACAAGACUUUUAAAAUGGCCGGAAUGGAUUUGACUACUUACGGUAAAAGCACAUUAAACAAAGCAUUGGUCGGUACAAACUAUGAAGCAGUAUUGCAAUUGUUCCAAUCUCACAGUUCAAUAUUAUUUAGUAGUACACCACAAGUACCAAAAUUAUUAAAAGUCAUUAAAAAAAUGCCACACUUAAUACUAUUAGCCGGUAUAGUCGAUGGCAAAUUAUUAAGUAAAUCACAACUUGAAGACUAUGCUAGUUUGGGUACUAUUGAUAAUGCAAGAGCUCAAUUAGUUAGCACAUUGGACCAAAUCAACCUAAGGUGUCUAAACAGGAUUGGACAGACACAACUAACAAUGGUACGUUAUUUAGAAGAAUAUGGAAAAAUGAAAGCAGACAAUUCAAAAGAAAACACUACCGAUGAAUCCAGUUAAUAUUAAAUAAUGUAUACAUUUUACAAUACAAUUAUAUGUUUAAUGUUUUUUUUCAAUUAUAGAUGAUUUAAAUUUGAAUAGACAUAAUUUAAAUGAUAAAAGG